AUGCACACAAUAAGACCCCCCAUCCCACUGCCAUGGGAGGAUGGGGGGUCUGUGGAGGCUGUGGAGGAUCUUAAGGCGUGUUUGGAGACUACUGACUGGGAUGUUUUCAGGACUGCCACCACCAGUCUGGAUGAGUACACAGAGACUGUGACUUCUUACAUCAGUUUCUGUGAGGACUGCUGCAUACCAUCACGCACCAGGGUGAGCUACAACAAUGACAAACCCUGGUUCAGUCCUAAACUCAGACAGCUGAGGCUGCAGAAGGAAGAGGCAUUCAGGAGCGGGGACAGGGACAGGUUUAAGGAGUCGAAGUACAGGUUUAGUAAGGCGGUGAGGGACGCUAAACGGCUGUACUCUGAGAAUCUCAAAAAACAGUUCUCAGCCAACGACUCUGCAUCUGUCUGGAAGGGGCUCAGGCAGAUCACCAACUACAAACCUAAACCCCCCCACUCUGUCAACGACCUGCGUCUGGCAAACGAGCUGAACGACUUCUAUUGCAGAUUUGAAAGACAAUGGGACAGUCCUAACACCAACACCAUCCCCCGCCACCACCAGCCCCUGCCCUCCUGCACCCCCAUCCCCACCUCAGCGGGGGCCUGCCCCCACCCUCAACUGCCCACAUUGAAGGACCCCCUUCCUAAAGACAUAGUUGACUUGAGUUCCCUGGAUUUCAGUAUUCCUUCCGUGGUCCUGCAAUUGGAUCCCUGCACCCAAGGCAAUUGUCUAACAACAGAGGGCCUGUACCGUGUAAGUGGGAACAAGACAGACCAGGACAACAUUCAAAAGCAGUUUGAUCAAGAUCACAAUAUUGACUUUGUAGCAAUGGAUGUGGCAGUGAAUGCUGCUGCUGGAGCACUGAAAGCUUUCUUCGCUGACCUGCCCGACCCACUGAUUCCCUACAGCCUGCACCCGGAGCUAGUAGAGGCUGCAAAAAUCGUGGACUACAUUGAGCGCCUGCAGGUCUUACAAGAGAUUGUGAAGAAGUUUCCUCCCGUCAACUACCAGGUCUUCAAAUAUAUCAUCACUCACCUCAACAGGGUAAGCCAGCACAGCAAGACCACCCUGAUGACGGCCGACAACCUCUCCAUCUGCUUCUGGCCCACUCUGAUGAGGCCCGACUUUGAGAACAAGGAGACCCUCUCCACCACCAAGUUGAACCAGGCCGUCAUCGAGACCUUCAUCGUGCAGAGCGAUUACUUCUUUCACGGCGGCGAAGUGGCCGAGAGCUCCAGCAGCGAGGGGACGCCGCCGCCGCAUUGCCACAACAUGGUGGAGGCUUUGCUGCCGCUGCAGCUGCCCCCACCUUUGCAGCCACAGCAGAUACAACACACCCUUCCCCCCGACCCACUCAUAUGA